AGAAAGGGUGGACGGUCGUCGUCGUCGGUGUCGCGGUCUCGUGUUAGUUUUGUUGUUGUAGUUCCGCGCGGCGAAGAACGGGCGCCUCCUUUCGGAUGAUGCUGAUCGAACGAUUUCACAACCGCGUUCCACAUAUGUUGUCACCCACGUUGUCUCGUCACCCCCACUGAACAAGUAAUUAUCGCUUGUUUUUGGCGUACCGGAAUUUGUGCUCAAACUGCAGCGGUAAUCGGAGAAGUGUUCAACCGAAAGGAUAUUUCGUCUGUGUAGUGCCUGGUAAAUUUGCAAAAGUGAUUCAAAUCGGUGUCUGGGAUUUGUGUGAUGCAACAGCUGCCUCCGCCGAGUGUCGAGUGUGUUGUCGCAGGCAUUGUGCAAGCAUAGAUUGCUCGGAAGUACGAGAACAGCACAAAAAAUGCAAGCAGUGCAGUGACGUUAUCGCAAUUUAUUUUUUUUUUGUAUAUUUUGCCACCGCGAACCGACCUAUGCUAUGCUGCGAGUUGGUGCGUAGCAUAACGCAAGCGGGCGUGCGUAUGUGUGUGUAGUGGUGUGGCGUGCGAGAACGCAAGAUCGGUGUGGAUUUUGCUGAAAUCAAAGCAAACAUCGAAAUACGCGAGCGUGGCGUCGCCGUCGCGAUGCGGUGCUUUGUUGGUGUAGGUUCUCCCGAGCAUAUGAAUGAUAUUUUACUACGCGAUCGAUCGCGUACCGCAUACGUGCCACGAAGAAUGGCAAGAAACCGCAAGAGCAACGGAGAUAGAAACAUACAAAGGGAGAAGCCGAAGGAGAGAUAGAGAGAGAAUGUACGGAAUUGUGAAAUCGCCACACACAUACACGCACGCACACAUAAGCAUACGCACGUUCCUUUGGAAACGGUGAUCCUGGUUGAGAGUGGCCGCGAGCCAUCACAUAGAAGAGGAACUGACGAUCUGUGGCAGCCGGCAGGACAAAAGGAUAAUGAAUCUCCGCCAGCUCGCGAACCUAGUCGUAAAUCGACUUACGCUACCAGAUAAGGGCAUGGAAGCAGGAGAAGAGACCGUUCAAUGGCCUCAAUCGCUAGGGGCCACUCUAGGGUGUGUAGUAGGGUGAGACCUGCUAGGCCUUCUGCUCUCCGUAUCUUAAGUCCCCGCGAAAAGAGGUUGUCGUCGUUGUCGUCGUCGUCGAGGGUAAAUCAUUAAGCAGGGAGUCCUUUCUUUGCGCUUGCACGAAACGGGUGGCAACGCGCCGGGUACACGCGUGCACGGGGAUAUGAGGUCGCUGACAUCGCGGUGUCGUGUGGUGUCGCGUGAUGAUAGCGGUGGCGAAAGGAGGGUUGUGUUCAGGUCGCAGCUUGGCGAAAUGAAGGGGUUGUUGUUGGGUGGGUUUUAGGUUGGUGCGCGCGCUUGGUUGCUGCUUGGCCACUGCUACGUUCGUUCAAAUUACGCAUCGCACCCGGUGAUGGUGGUGCCGGGUCGGUGUAUCACCAGUGGUGUCUGGCUCGGUGAUAUAUCGGGUUAUUGCUCACAUUACAUUCCCGUUUGGUUUGGAAAGAGAAGGACAUUGAGGAGCGCGCAGCACCAAUUCAAUGGUCAAACUCAAAUCUUUCUGCGAAGAUCGUAGCAGGCAGCAGUUUAGGUGUUCGGAGGUGAAAGGAAAGUUGCCUACGACGAGGAGAGAGCGAGAUGGUAGGCGCUAGAGUGAAUACGCGCGAUAGAGAGUCCCGUUUCGUGGCCCUUUUUCCAUCGCUGUUUCCAUGGUUACCACCGACCUGGCGACGAGGUCGGUGUGGCCUACAAAAGCGCCACAGCAACGGGACGGGGCGACUUUCCACGCCACUUUCCCGGUUCAGCUGUUCCGAGCCAGUUCCGUGAACCAGUCCGCGGGUGUCACGGUAACACGCAAUAAAAGCAGGAACAAAAGCAAAACCCUCGCUACGUGACACCAACUACCUACACACCGCUAGAUCACACAUUUCGCCAUCGUUUCGCAGCUGACACCAUCCUUCGCUACCUCCCCCCGAAAACACCUCAUCCAUCCUUCUCAGGCUACUAUGGGACGAUAUACGCCAGCCCGGGAAGAUAAGAUAAGGCAGCGCUAAAAAUGGUUGCCAUGAGUCGCGACAACGCUAUCAAUCGCGCGACCCGUCGUGUUUUGCGUAAAUGCUUGGAUGGCUCGGUUGUUCCGGCCCGUCGUUAUCAAAAUGCAUUGCGCCACCUCGCACAGACUUGACGGCAGCAGCGGGGCCAGAAAAAGGUGUUUUGUGUUGCGAAAGUAGAGGAAUUCCGCGAUUGCAUUAACUUGAACCGAAAAAAGUUCCCCGUCUCCACGGCUCCCGCCAACAUUAGGGCGCGCAUCGUUAGCAGCAACAGCAGGUGAAAUGGCUUCAUUCGAGUUUGUUCUCCAUUGAAUGGAGUUGCAGUUUUCAUUGAACUGGUUGCACCGCGUGGUUUCACGGCGUGAUGUGUCGGUAGUUCCGCGUAUUUGUCCGCGAAUCGGUGUGCAAAGUACAAUUCAUAAACGAUCCAUU